ACAGGGAGCUAUUUCAAGAAGGUGUCGAAGGCCGGGACACUAAAAUUAGACCUUUGGUUCCUAAAAAGACAUUGGCGCCAUCCAAGGCCUUGGAGAGGGGCUCUUCAGGACGGAAUGUGACCCCAGGAAGGGCUUCCGCGGGCCUGGGCGAUGAGGUCAGCCUGCAGGACCAAUCCGACCGUCCGAUGGCUGGCGGUCAUGGGCACCUCUCCUCCAGCCACCCUGCCUGCAGAAUUCUGGAGCUGGCUCUAACUGCUUCCUGUCUGCACCAGCAUCAUGGACCCCCAGAUGGCGCAACCCCGGGCCCUCCUGCUUCUCUUGCUUCUGCACCUGUCGCUGCGAGGAGGUCGCUGCCACCCUCUGGGUGGUCCAGGCCCUGCCUUGGAACCGUCCAAAGCACAGGACAAGGUUUCAGAGCUGCAGGAGGGGCAGGUGGCCCCAGAACCCCUCCAGCAGGACAGCGGUUCUGGAAAAGCCUGGGAGGCCAAGCGGGCAGGUCGCGAUGUUGGCCCUGGGCCCGGCGACCCCCAGGCCCUGCAGAGACCACAAGUCACCACAAUGAAGCCUGUCCUCGACAGCUGCUUUGGUCGCAAGAUAGAUCGAAUCAACUUCCACUCUCGCCUGGGCUGCAAUGUGGUGUCCUGAUGGUGGGCAUCUGCACCUGAUUCAUCAUGGACUCUGGUCUCCUUUGAAGCACCUCCUAUUUUUAAAAAAUUUAUUCGUUUUAUGUAAGUCUGUUCUUUACCUCUGAGCACAAAUUUUCCAUGGUGAGAUAAAG